GUAUAAUUUUUGCCAAUGCAUAGGAUGGAUUCCGCCACUCUUGACAAUUUAAAAUACUCUAGAAACCCAGGCACUGCAAGGAGCGGAGAGUUCAUUAAAGUAUCUUAAAUGUGCAAAGAACAAUAACUCACACUGGAUGUUUUUAGUAAUCAAUGGCUCUCAGAAGUAUAUUUGACCAGAGCAAGCACAGCAGUAAUUCCUACCAUUCCUACAAUUACCUAUUAAAAUGUAUAUUAGUGGCACUUCUACUGCUGCUGGAGUCCGCCGACGGUGACUGGCUAAUGGAUUGUGGCAACUGUCACUGCAAAUGGAACUCUGGCAAAAAGACGGCCGACUGCCGAAAUUUAAGCCUCGGUGGCGUGCCCGAGAAUCUAAGUCCGGAGGUUCAGGUGCUGGACUUGUCGCAGAACCGCAUCCUUUACUUGGAGGAGCACGCAUUUUCGACCAACCACCUGCAGAAUCUUCACAAGCUUAUCAUACGCAACGGAACGUUAAAGCACAUCAAUCAGCUGAGUUUUAGCCAACUUCAGAUACUAAUUGAGCUUGACUUGUCGAAUAAUAUUCUUAAGGACCUGCUCCCCAAUGUGUUUGAUGCCUUGUCCAAGGUGCGAGCUAUCCUACUCAAUGGAAACCUCUUGCAAACAAUACGCCGGGAUGUCUUCCACAACCUCAAGUACCUACACAAGAUAGAAAUCAUGCACAAUCGCCUCGUAAGCAUAGAUUCACAGGCGUUCCUUGGCGUGCCGCUUCUAUCGCAGAUAUACCUGGACAAUAACGAACUUAAGAUACUCCGAACUGAGAGUUUUCGGAGCUUAAAUAAACUCAACACCUUGUCGCUAGUCGAGAAUCCAUGGAAUUGUACCUGCGACCUCCAAUUGUUCAGAGACUUUGUUAUAAACAUGAACCUGUAUACACCACCCACCGCCUGCCAGUAUCCAAUGCAGCUGCGCGGGAUGCUGUGGAUCGAGGAUCAGCCGGAGGCCUUUGCCUGCAAGCCCAAAAUUGUGUAUCCCGCCAUGGGUACCUCCAUCAACACAUCCAAGGCGAACGUGACUCUCAUAUGCCGGGUGCUCGGCACUCCCAACACGGUCAUAGCCUGGGACUUCAAUAAGCAACUUUACGAAUCUCGCUCCAUGUCGACCAAAAGCCUGCGACAGCAACGGGUUCAUAUUGAAAUAUUGCGGGAGCAGAAGGAUCAGGAUCAGCAAUUCGGCCACGAUGUCUUUGUGUCGCGUCUCACCAUCCUUGAUGCCAGAAAGAGCGAUGAGGGUGUCUAUACCUGCUUGGCCGAGAAUCCGGGGGGUAAAGAUGCUGCCCACAUAAACCUCGUGGUGCAAAAGACGCCACAGCGGAGUUCCCUACUCGGCACUGACCUCUUUGCUAUCAUAAGCCUUAUAGCUCUGGGCAUCCUGAGCAUCUCGAUCCUCCUGUCCAUGAUCACCUUCUUCACAUACAAACGGUUUAAACAGCUACAUAAUAAUGGACGUCACACGCACUUGCCAGGACCCAUAAGCGUUUCGGUGCAGCCACAUUCCGGCAAUGAUGCUGGUGGCGGAGUCAGUGCCGUGAGCGUGGGAGUGGUCCAGGACAGAAAGGGUAUGCUGGAUCCACUGAGCUCCACUGGGGGUGCAUCGGUUAAAAAUUAUGUUUUAUUUCAAUCGACCAAUGGAAAUUUAACCGAUUUAAAUCUCGAUGCUCCUCGUACAAGAAGCAACUAUGCCGGCGUGCUAUUAAAUAGCAACUAUCUGGAAUAUCUUGAUAAUCAGGUCGUUGGUAACAGGCCAAGUCCUAGUCUUUCCAAGGAUCAAGAGCGUGGUGAAAGUUAUUGUGACAAGCCUACAAUUGAAGAGAGCAAACUGAAUGAUAAGCUCGAUCCCAGAUCCCCAGCCACUUUUUGUAAUACCAACGAUGCACCGCCUUCUACUGGCAGCACCAAGGUUAAAAAAGAAAUCAACGAAUUCCAACCGGACUUGCUGCCCUCAAAUGAAUCCUUUAUUUUGAUGGCCAAAAACGGCGAUGAAGAUUCACUGGAUCGUCCAGCAAAGCAAUCUAUGGAUAAUCCUCGCCGCAAGUACAACAGCAAUGUGCAAAAGUACCUAAGGGAGAAGUACGGCAGUACCCGACUGACGGCUGCAAGCAAAGUAGGAAAGGACAGCGGAAGUAUACAGGAAGUGCAGUUGGGUGGCACUUCGAAUUCAUCAAUGUAGUUUGUACCUGAAUUCAGCCCUUCCCAAAACGAUCGCAGAAUAAUCAACCCACUCCCUGAGAUAUACCCAAUGUAGAUAUGGAC